GGUCUCAGUCACAUUUGAGUAAAAUAAUCCUAUUUCUAUAAAUGUCAUAGGAUCUUUUUGUUUUUAAAGAUAUUUUAUUUUCACGGACCCCUUGCAAUUACACCACGGACCACUAGGGGUCCGCGGACCCCCCGGUUGAGAAACACUGCACUAGGAGACCCGUGGGUGGAGAGGGGGGGGGGGAAUCCCCCGGCUGAGGCGGCGGACUCACUCGUUACGGGACGGGCCCGUGUAGACCGUCUUCAGCACCACCUGGCCCAGAGUCUUGUGGUAGCACAGCCUUCGCUGCAGAAGUCAUCGCCGACCAUGGGUAACGGCAUCAACAAGGUCCUGCCCGACUUGUAUUUGGGGAAUUUCAAAGAUGCAAGAGACCGAGAGCAGCUGGCAAGAAACAACAUCACGCACAUUCUGUCCAUCCACGAUAGUGCGGCGCCUAUCCUGCAGGAGAUGACCUAUCUAUGCAUUUCAGCAGCCGACCUGCCCACACAAAAUCUGACUCAGUACUUCAAACAAAGCAUAAUGUUCAUGCACGAGUCGCGCCUAAAAGGAGAGGGCUGCCUGGUUCACUGUCUGGCAGGCGUGUCCCGUAGUGUCACCUUGGUGGUGGCCUACAUCAUGACAGUGACUGGACUGGGCUGGCAGGAGGCACUGGCUGCAGUGAGGGUGGCACGGCCCUGCGCCGGCCCCAACGUGGGCUUCCAGCGCCAACUCCAGGAGUUUGAGGCUACUCAAGCUGAACAGGUUCGAGAGUGGCUGCAGAAGGAAUACAAAGACAACCCCUUCAACGAUGAGGUCGACAUCCGCAUCUUGCUCACCGGGGGCGCCAAAGUCGAUAGCGGGGAGAAUGAGGUACAGGCAUCACCCCCACAUGGAGGCACCUGAGGAUCCUCCAUGUCAUGGCCUGGAGGUCUGCACUACCAGAUGAUUCUAUCCUUGACCUAUUUUGGAGGUCUUUGUCUACUCUGCUUCGGACCAGAUGUCUGUUGUAACGCGUCUCCACAGGAAAGACUGCCCCCCCCCCUAAUUUAUGACCGUCAUGUACAGUGUUGUUUUGUUGGGUUUUUAUAUCAUUUAUAUUAUUAUGUCAUAUGUUCAGUAAUAA